CCUGAAAUGCACACCUUAUAGGAGGACGCUAAUUAUCUGAAUGGUUAUAGGCCAGAGAGCUUCGCAGCCAAAGGCUGGAGCUCAAAAUCAAGAUCAUGUCGCUGGUGGACAAGAGCAAUGAGGUGAGCAAGGCAAAGGUGGAGCUGGGAGCAUCGGCUGGCCCAAUGGUGAUGAAGGCGGACAUCCAGCACAUCGUCACAUCGUGGACUAGCAUCCCCGUGGAGAAGGUCUCCGUGGACGAGUCCAACCGGUCGUUCAAGAUGGAGGAGACCCUGCACGGGCGCGUCACCGGCCAGGACGAGGCCGUCAGGGCCAUAGGCUGCUCCUCUUCCUCUGUGCAACCCUCAUCUCCAGAGCCGCCGGCGCCAUGGGAGGGCUCCUCCUCCUAGCGCCGCGUGCCGGCCCGCCUGCGCGUGGAGGAAUCGUC